GUUGACAGUCGAACAAAGUUUUGACACUAACAUGAACGCAGAUCCAGUCGCACCCUCAUUUAGCUUCGAGAUCUUUGAAAGAAUCAAGCCUGAUGAGUACUUUAGACGAUUCAUUGAAGAAAACGUACGACCAGACGGUCGAUCACUACAUGCGUUUAGACCAACAUCAAUAAGACAAGGAGCUAUAAGCACAGCUAACGGAAGUGCAAUGGUCCGCAUUGGUGGCACGACUGUUAUAUGUGGAAUUAAGGCUGAAGUUGCAGAACCAAGAAUAGAUCGACCAAAGGACGGAUAUCUAGUACCAAACGUGGAACUAGCACCUAUAUGUUCAGCCAACUUUCGACCAGGACCACCGUCAGAACAAGCGCAGAUUAACGCCGAAACAAUCAAUCAUGUUGUGGAAACAUGCCAAAUAUUAGACUUGUCAGAGCUUUGCAUCGAGGAAGGCAAAGCCGUAUGGACAUUAUAUGCCGAUAUAGUAUGCAUUAACUAUGAUGGAAAUAUACUGGAUGCAAGUUUAUUGGCAUUGAUCUGUGCAUUGAAAGAUCUCUCACUGCCAAAGGCAACAGUUCUUCCCAGCAGCAUCGUUCAAGCUGACUCAUCUGAAAAAACUCGACCCCUUCAAUUGCGUCGUUUGCCAGUGUCAUCUACAUUUUGCGUCUUUAGCAAUCCCAAGGUUACAUUAUCAGACCCAAACGAUAGUGAAGAAAGCCUGUCCAAAAAGAUUGUUAGUAUCAUACUGGAUACAGAAGGCACCAUACUAUAUGUACAUAAGAGCGGAGGAUCUGUUUGUGAUCCAGAAAUGAUGAAGGACUGUUUCACAAAAGCAAGAGCAAGAGCCAGUAUGUUGAAAGAACUUAUAGAACGUGUUAUUGUUUAAUAAUAAAGACAUUGGAAUCGCGUAAUUUAUCUUUUAAAAAAUGGCAUGAAACAGCUGCUAG